UUCUUGAAGGUGUCAUUGUAAUGUAAUGCCGUCAGGUCACUCUCAAUCCUCCCUUCACAUUGCUUUAACCCUUCUUUAUAAUCAACCUUUCUUUCACAAUUGUCUCUCAGGGCUCAGAGAAUCGGAAAAAGAAAAUGAAGAACACUAACAAUUACACUAAACUCAUCCUCCUUCACCCGUAUAUCCAAAAACAAGGAAGCUCCAAUCGGAUAUGGCUUCUGGCCUUUAUCUCGUUCUUCACCCUAGCAUUUCUUGGUACACUCAUUUACACUCGAGAAUCAUCUUCUUCAAUCACCAACGUCUCAAAAACCUCCAUAAUUUCAUCAUCUUCUUCUUCUCCAGCCCCUGGUUCUGGGUUAUCAGUCACUGUAAUAAACACACUUCUGCAUUAUGCUUCAAAAUCCAAUGACACGUUCCAUAUGCCACACUCAGACCUGAAACCCAUCUCCGAUGUGCUUCGAAAAUGCUCUUCGCCGUGCAACUUCCUCAUCUUCGGCCUCACCCACGAGACUCUCCUCUGGAAAGCCCUCAAUCACAAUGGCAGAACGGUGUUCAUCGAUGAAAACCGCUAUUACGCUGCGUACUUCGAAGAAUUAUACCCUGAAAUCGAUGCCUAUGAUGUGCAGUACACAACCAAGAGGAGUGAAAUGAAGGAGCUUCUUGUUUCAACGAAACAGCAGGCAACGAAGGAGUGCAAACCAGUACAGAACUUGCUGUUCUCGGAAUGUAAGUUAGGACUCAAUGACCUCCCGAACCAUGUGUACGAGCUGAGCUGGGAUGUGAUAUUGGUGGACGGCCCACGUGGCGAUUGGCCUGACGCGCCUGGAAGGAUGGCGGCGAUAUUCACGGCGGGCGUGCUGGCUAGAAGCAAGAAGGUCGGGAAUCCGAAGACGCACGUGUUUGUGCAUGACUUUGGUGGUGAGGUGGAGAAACUGUAUGGGAAUGAGUUUCUGUGUAAGCAGAAUUUGGUGGAGGAAAGUGAGACUUUGGGGCAUUACGUGUUGGAGAAGAUGGACGAGAGCAGUAUUCAGUAUUGUAAGAAUCAGUCUUCACCGUCAUCAAUGGCUUCUUCUUCUUAAUCUUUCAAGUGUUUGUCGUCAAGACUGCUAUAAAGCUCCUACUCAGUUUAGUCCUCGUAGUCAAACAGGUCAAUCUGGGUAUUUAUGAUCCUUUUGAUUGUUGCUUUAUUUUGUUCAAGACAUUGGCUGGGGUUUGUAAAAAAUAAUUCUUUUUUCCUUCCAUUUCCUUUUCUUGCACUGAAAAUUGUAAUCUCUUCAAAGAAUCCAACCAUUCAAAUUUCACUUGAGAUGUUGCUUAUAAGCUAGAGAAA